AUGGUACAUCGCGAUGCUGAAAUCGUUAGUAAGACUUUGCAUAACUUUAAGACGAAAAUAGGCAAUGAGUAUUCAACUAAAGAUGUACUUAAAGUGUGGGAUUGCAUUUCCAAAUGGAUUGAACAUAAUAUAAGCCAAGACAAAGGAAUGUUAAUAAAAGGAAUCGGUUAUUUUACUGUGGCUCGAUGGGAGUUAAAUGAAAGCAAAGUACAUCCAAAUACCAUCAGAAAGCCGGUUUUUGUGAUUGAUGAAAAACUAGCGAAAGAUUUCAAUUUAAAAAGAACAAGACCGUAUAAUUCAGCAACUAUACCAGAACGCUAUUUAAAUGUUAUAGCGAUAGCCCAGAAUUAUCAAUUAAAUAUCGAUAUGGUCACUCAUUGUUUCAAAGAAGUUGUUGCAGCGUUUAGAAAGUUACUGUUUGAAGAAAAAAAUUGUGAACUUCCUUUCCCAAAAAUUGGUAAGCUGCAAAUAAAAAACAAAAUGGUAAAAAUGAAGUAUUAUCAAGAGUUUUUAGAUCGACAAAACCAGCAUUUAAAGAAUCGCAUAAUAGAAGAUAAAAAUAAAAAUCAAGCCAUCAACUAUAACCCUGAUUGGGAUGCUGAUCAAUAUGAAAGCCGAAAACGUCCGUGCUCCGCAAUGUCAACCAUCUCUCGUCCGGCGUCUUCGUUGUCACAGUACAGACCAGCGACCGGGUACGAAGGCGUAUUGCCCAAUAACGACUGCACAACGGACAGACCAAGUUCUAGACUGUCUGUACAUUCCACUAACUCUAACUGCAACGACGACAUCGAUGCAAGCAUGAUGUGCAGACCUGGCUCAAGACAGUCGGUUUGUUCUUACAGUUCACACAAACAGACUAGACCCCACUCUCGUCCAACGUCUUCGUCGUCACUGCAGAAACCAGAGACCGAGUGCGAAGGAGUGUUGUCCAACACCGACGGCACAACCAACAGGCCCAACUCUAGACUGUCUGUACAUCCCAACGACGACUUUAUCUGCAGACCCGAAUCAAGGCUGUCUGUCGGUUCCAACACUUCACACGGACAAACCAGACCCGGGUCCAGAUCAUCUCUACAGUCCCAUAAACAGACGACUAGUAGACCCUGUUCGAGGACGUCUGUCCAGUCAACCAAAUUCGAAAGACCUGUAUCCAGGUCUAGGGUCAUGUCCUGUGAUGAGAUUCAACAGACUACAACGAGGUCAAGAACUUCAAAACAAAAUCGUCCGUCUUCUAGAACAUCAGUGCGACCGGUGAGAUCUAACUGCAGCAUGCUGUCGAACCACGAGAAAUUUUCUUCCUCUGCGCCCCCAGCUAAAUUAGUUACAGAAUGCACUGAUUAUGUAAAACCAGAAUUGGUAACACCGACCGUUCGACCGUGCUCAAACUUGUCGACGCCAAGACUUAAAGAAGACAAUCAUGGUGUUGACGAAAAAAACACACUAAUAUUUGGACCCGAUAGAGAUGAAACCCUCUGUCAGUCGUGUAAUCUUAGAGAAUAUCGUUUAAGACAAAUCGAUAAUAUAUAUUAUACAUCUGAUUCAUGUCCAGCGGAUAAUAGAGAUAACUUUAUGACAGGAGAUAAUUCAAUAAAUGAAAUUUCGAGCAAAGAAAAUUUAAACAAACGUAAAGAUCGACUAAUGAAAAUAUCUGACUAUAACUAUAAAACUGCAAAAGAAUUGUCCAAUGCAAUUAAGAACGAAAAAAAGAAAAAUCGAGAAGAAAAAUUAUUGACAUCUGUUUGA